CCGUUGCAUGAUAUAUCUAGUUUUGUUUAUCCGCAGAUGGCAAAUAUUGCUAGAGAUUUGUUCAACAGUCAUGUUAUAUUACGUCAGCCUGUUGUUGCCGGUGGAGAACUAAUGUCGCUCGAUAUCUUCCAGCAUACUCCAGUUGCCCUUGAGGAGAUUCAUCCCCAUCUCUGUUUUCUAACUCCUGUACAUAACAAGAAAAGGACGGCCAUGAAUGGGCAGUGGAAGAGGACUGGAACUCAGAGAGCAGUCUACAACAACAACAAUAUAAAAAUAGGCAUUCAGAUGCGUUACGAGUUUAAAUGGGAACAAGGAUUACAGCCACGACCUGUGUACAGAAUGACCGAAUAUGUCAAAUCUAUGUAUGGGAAGAAAGGAAUCUGUAUAAUUCAAAGAGAACAAGCGGAAAAUGUUGAACAGGAACAACAAGAAGGACAACAACAAGAAGGACAACAACAACAACAACAAGAAGGACAACAACAAGGACAGUGAAGCAGAAGAAUCAGAAGAGAGGGAAUGGAGUUUACCAGGAUUAGAGCAAAUGAAAGGAGAAAGAAUCUGUUUCCGAGUUCUUCUGAUUCCCUGAAAACUGAACAAUAACAUCAGCUUUAUGUC